CAUUGAUGGAGAGCGAGAUAAACAUGGCCAGUUCGAGUAAAGCGACUUUAAUCUUGCUCGUCUACGGAAUCUUAAUGCACUACAGCGUCUUCUGCACACCUAUCGGACUAAGUUACCCUAAGAUUAGACUUGACAACGACGCCUUCGAUGAGGAUGGGAAUUCAUUAUCCGACAUGGGUUUUGAUGGCGAUCAAAUUGCUAUACGAAGCCCGCCAUCCUUAAACGACGACGCGUACACGCUAUACUACCCACCAGAGAAAAGAACAGAAAGGCAUGCUGAGGAAGAAUUAGAUAGAGCCUUGAGGGAGAUCCUGGGUCAGUUAACAGCGAGACAUUAUCUGCAUUCUCUGAUGACAAUUCGUGCAGGUGAAGACAACAGCAUGGAGGAAGAGUCAGAGCCCUUAUCCAAAAGACAUUCAGAUGGGAUCUUCACCGACAGCUACAGUCGCUAUAGAAAGCAGAUGGCCGUGCAGAAAUACCUGGCAGCGGUUCUGGGAAGAAGGUACAGACAGAGAGUUAGGAACAAAGGACGCCGACUUGCCUAUUUGUAGCGUUGUUAAUGCGCCCAAACUGCCCUCCUGUGUAUAUACAUCCAGUCGUUAAAUCAAAGUCAUUCAGAUAUAUCUGACCAACCAGUGGAUUGCGCCUGUGUUCUUUCAACAUGUAUUUAUGUAUGAAGUAAAGCCAUUAAAAUGAAUAUUUUAAUAAUAAUAUCGUUUUUUUUCUUUUUGUACAAAAGCACUUGAUACCGCACAGUUAUACUUUGUGGACCAAUAUAUUAAUUUCAAUCAAUUUAUUUUCAUGUUAAGAUGUUGAAAACAAAACAAAAUGACAAAAAAAAAAAAAAAAAAAAAAAAGAAGAAAUUAGAAAAAAAAAA